CAUUGAACGUUGCGUGUUUUACAUAACCAUUUAACUGUCAGUUAAAACUUAACUUUACUUAAGUUUAAUAUUGUACUUAGACUUACUGAAACACACUUUAAUGGGAAAGCAUUUAUUUUUAUAUUGGUGUUUAUUGUUCGACCUUUACAUUGAACGUUGAUACAGCCUGGGGUCACAAAUUGAUUUGAACGUGUGCUACCUUAGGGAUUAGAUCCAUAUUGUUGUAACAUCAUGGGGGAACGUCCGAUAUGUUUCAACCUUUUAUUAAAAGAUGAAUUGACAUACGAGGCCACAGUCCGAGGUGUCAAACCUGAGGCCACUGCGGACCAAUUAAGAUUACAAUUAACAGAAUUAGCUACGCGGAUGCCUUCGGACGAGGUUAUUUACUUUGAGGGAGAUGUUACCUCAGAGUUAGAAAAAGUUAAAAACAAAAUUAAAGACUUGCAGAACUCACUUUCAAAACCAAAUUUGCAGUUAAAACACAUCAAGCGUUGCGAAUCAUUGGCUAACCAUUUAUAUCACCGCUUAGGUCGUAUAAAUGCCGUCAGUAAGGAGGAGACUUGUAUGCUCGGGGACUUGCUCUUACAACUCGAAUCUAGGGACAGCGAACUGAGGUACAUUUCUAAAGCUUAUCAGGAGCAGGAAAAGAAACAGGAUAUCCCUGUCGUAGGGUGUAUAGAGCCGUGUCCUAAGGUGGACCACACACAGAUCCAAAAACUGAACCUUGUCUUUAACGGCAGUGAUAGUGUGCAAGCAUUCGUGCAGCGACUGGAGGAGCUUUGCAAUUCUCGAGGUAUCUCUGAGGAGACGUUAUUUAAUUCCGUCGCAGAAAUUUUUAGCGGUGACGCCUUGUUUUGGUUUCGGGGUGUCAAGGAGGAGGUCUCGAGUUGGAAAGAGGUUAAGGCUCGUUUGUAUGAAGAGUUCCUGCCAUUCGAUUAUAAUCGGCGUUUAUUACAGGAGGUGCGGUCGCGGACACAAGGUGCUGAUGAAUCCAUCAUAAAGUACUUAAGCACAAUGCGGAAUUAUUUUUCUAGGCUCAGCGUGCCGUUACCGGAGUCAGAGCAGCUGGAGAUAGUACAAGGUAACCUUAGACCGUUUUACACGAGUCAGCUUGCUCUCACAAACGUCGAGAACUGGAACGAGCUGAAGGAACGCUGUAGGCAGCUGGAGUACGCCAAAUACCGAGCAGACUCUUUUGCGGAGCCGCCCCGAGUUUCUGCGAAUUCGGUAGCGCCGGACUUAGCCUAUCAGGCUAGGAACCGACUUUCGGUUAACGCUGUAGACACCGAGGUGGACUUAUUUUGCGUUCGUUGCAGGGUUCUUGGACAUGGCCUUUGUCAAUGUAGUGCACCACCCACCCAAUUGUGUUACUCUUGUGGAUUAAAGGGUGCCACCUUGAGCACGUGUCCACGGUGUGGUCCGUCAGUCGCUGAGCCUCCGAAACCACAACAGAAACCAGAUUCUGCUGGACCAACCGUUGCUGGGGUAAGCGUGAACAACGAGCAGCCUGGAACCAAAUCCUCCGGCAGUAGUAGUCGUCGUCGUCGCCGUCGCCGCCGCCGCCGUUGCCGCCGCUGUGAAGAGGCAGGUGAUGGAGAUGCGGACAUUGGCUUGCGACCUUAUUUAGAUGUCGCGAUUUACCACCAUCGUUGCAGAGGGUUGUUGGAUUCGGGUUCUACAGUUUCGGUCAUUGGCGGAAAGGCAGCCCAAUCCCUCUCCAGUUGUGGUACGUUGUAUCCAGCUGAGGAGAAAUCCAUUGUCACGGCUAAUGGAUCACAUUCUCCGGUUUCUGGUUUUAAGAUUUUACCGGUGACUGUAGAGGAUGUUACGGCUUUCGUGAAAUUUUAUGUCGUUCCUGAUAUUUCUUCAGAAUUGCUGUUAGGUAUAGAUUUCUGGCGUGCUUUUAAUAUCGCACCUGAUGUUCUGAACCUACUCAAUAAAAGAGGAGUCUCUAAAAGCAGGGAACCGUAUGCAAGUGAGGUUAGACAUUUGAACUCAUGCAACGAGUUGAGUGCUUCGAAGUGUGUACCGGCUGAUAACACUACUGCCAGUUUGGUAGUUCGUGGUCGUCGCUCACAGGAUUGCCAACUCAGUAGGGUUCGUCGAAGCAUGGAUUCAAAGUCGUACUUGACUGCUAGUUUGACUCCGAAUUACGAGAGGUAUACAGUAGUUCAACAAGUGUCUGGAUUUGUCUACAUUCUUGAAGAUAGCAAUGGGAACCAGACAGAGUGUCACGCCAGGGAUAUUCUCUGUAGAAUUGAUGUUCCGUAGGCCACCUUUGUGUGUGUUGACUUACUCUAUUGAGUAAGCCAGCAAUGCCAAGGGCUCAUUUACUAUGCGUCGUUGUGUUGCAAAGUCAGUGAAUAGUUUCGUAGGCCACCUUUGUGUGUGUUGACUUACUCUAUUGAGUAGGCCAACAAUGCCAAGGACCCAUUCACUUUGCGUCGUGGAGUUUUUUUUUGUGGGAUUUUCCAUAUAAUUUAUUUCAGGGUUUAUCUCAUUGCUUAGGGACUCUACUGAGUCGGUGAGUGAUCUUAACCUUAUUGAUAUUCACUGGGUUUUCCAGCUAUUAUCUUUGAUUUAGGUUUCUCUUAAAUGAGUGACCCACAUAUUCCGAUUGUUUUAGGUGUUUAGGAUUUAAAGAUGGAGGGCCAUCUUUGAAUUUUUCUCGUACCCUCGAAAAAUUCUGGUGGGGACGGGGGUACUGUAACACCAUUAUUUUUGUAACUUAACAUUUCGUUUAUUGUUUACAUUCUGUUUGUUUACUUUGUUAGUCUUGUCAAGUAUCAGCUGUCAAAUUCGACACACAGGAUAUAGUUUCAGUUGUUGUCUGUGGUCUUUUGAGAAAACUCGUGCUAGAUCGUCAUCGGACAGUGGUCAGUGGCGAUAUGACGCUCAGAACAAUGAUGGUGUUGACUGGCCACAGAGUAGUUUUGUGAGCUGGACCCGACGAUGAGCUGGCAUCCCGGUGAAGGUUUUUCUUUUUCGGAACUGGCAAGGAGGCGAGCCAUUCUCUGUCAGAACGUCUCGAGUAGAACGGUGUGGUUAGAUUUUUCUUCCCGGUCCGCGUGGCACAGGCCGUAUUGGUACCAAGUUCCUUGCUUCAUAUUUCCUGGUGAGUAUUUCGAUCGUGGGUUCAGGUUAUCUGAUUGGUCUACGAGAUAGAUUCUGACUAAGUUGUUUCUUUGCAGUUACCAGAUACGUGCCACAGACACCCACGCAGCAUCACACCACGUGUACCUAACCAGAAUUGCCGACAAUUUCAAUCCUGCCCGGUGAAGCGUGCGAUUGCCAGACGCGUGUCACCUGACCCCAACCUCCAAGAAGGUGUCGUUGGUGACCAGAGCCGUCAGCGAGCCACGAGCCGUCCGGAGCUCCUGUCCUGGCCCCGUCCGGCAGUCCAGGUUGGCCGUUGUAUGUUCGUUGAGCGGAUACUGAGGAAUUUCCUUAGGAUUUCCAUUAAUCUUCAGCGGCAUCAGCCUUCUAACGCCGCUGCUGAAUGUAGGACUGCAAAGGCAGAACCCGGGUGGACUCUAGCGGGUUAAAACCUUUAUUUUAUUUUUUUUUACUUCGUAGGGAGCCCCGUUAGAACGGGCAGUAGUAUCUAAAUUGCACUUUGAACCUUUUGUAGGUGCUAGGCUAUCAACGUCCUUCGGUUACGGGGCCUUAACGUUAAACUGCUAUCCCAUUGAAGUAAUAUAGAAGUUUCUCUGGGGUUAAUACCAUCUUUCUAUCCCUGUGGCGUGAAACACAGGGGUAGAACCUUUGGUUUCCCCACUUUAAUGUAAUUUCCUUGCAAUACCUUGUAUACUUCAACCAGACAAUUAUAAGGACUUAAUCCCUGGUCUCAUUUUAGACCUAUUUGAGUUAUAAAAUAUUGUGUGAGGCAGGGUUUUGAUAAAUAAAUAUUAAUAACUGUACCACA